UUGACUCUCUCUCUCUCUCUCUCUCUCUUCUGGGUGUAAAUUUGGAGAUAAUAAAAGCAAGAAAGCCUCGUUCAUCAACCCUUCAAAGUCCAAGAAGAUCAAGAAAGCAUCAUCAUCCUCCCUCUUGAACAGCAGAUAAGACUUUCCACCCUCCUCUCCUUCCUCCAUCACUCCCCAUCGGCCAGAAUCCAUCCCCCACCAUGAGGAAGCUCUACCGCAGAUCGGUCACCGUCCACCCCUCCCCGCCGCCGCCCAUCUCCGACCACAACCACCUCCUCUCCCUCCUCCCCGCCGCCAUCCUCGCCCUCACCGCCGCCCUCUCCCCUCAGGACAGGGAGGUCCUGGCCUACCUCAUCUCCGGCAACAACAGCUACUUCAGCAACAGCCGCGGCAAGAGCAAGGGCAGCAACUGCGACCACCCGGCUUGCUUCACCUGCGACUGCUUCCGGUGCUACAUGAGCUACUGGGUCAGGUGGGACUCGUCCCCGAACCGCCAGCUCAUACACGAGAUCAUCGAUGCCUUCGAGGACGGGCUGGUGCUCAAGAACAAGAACAACCACAGGAGCGUGAAGGGCAAGAACGGCAGGGACAGGAGGAGGAGAUCAGGGCUCGGUGCCGAGCCCGCCGAGUCGAAGCGGCCCGAGUCGAGCCCGGCCAAGAACGAGCCGGGCGAUAAGAUGGAAGAGGCGAACCCCAGCAGCGGCGGCGGCGGCGGCGGCGAGGUUGGUGGCGGUGGAGAGGAAGAGCUGGAGAAAGGGUCGGUGAGGAGGCUGGUGAGCUUCAUCGGAGAGAGGAUAUGGGGUGUCUGGAAUUGAUCUUCGGAGGAAAAACGAAGUGGAAAUUAACAAUCUUGCUCAAGGUUUUUUGCCUUUCCUCUAUCACUCACUCACUACGAGCCCAAGGUAGCGAGUGUUCUACCGUUUCCUCCUCCUUUUUUUCCUUUUUGGUUUCAAAUUCUGUAUAUAUCAUCCUUUGCUCUUUGCAAUGUAAGAAAAGAAUGGAAAGCUGUUAAUCAACUAA